AUGUCCUCUACUUCUUCUGGGAUGCCAGCGCCUGGUGCAUCAGCAUUCCUUGUCGUAAACGCUGCCCUCAUAUUCGCUUUUACAAUCCUAGCAUAUUCGGCGGAGGUUAUAUGCCCGAAAGCGAGGCCUUCCCAUGUUAGAUUUGAGUGUGGCUGGACUGUACUGAUGGGCGUGCUUCAGCUAGCUGCCAGCAUUUAUGUCACGACUGCUCGUUCCCCAGCGUUUUGUCAAUCGCAAUCCACGUGGACUAUCUGCGCAUCUGCAGCACUACUUACGCCGAUCAGCUGGUUAGCUACGUCCAUCAUGCUCGUGUAUUGUGUUACGUUAUGCGUAAUGGCAGCAACUCAUGUCCAUUUCUUGCCUGCCCUUUGGAAAAUGCCUGUGAACGCGGUUCCUUGGUUCAACCUCGCUGAUUCGAUACCUGUCUCUCUUCCCUCACGCCCAUUAUCGGAAAUCUCAUCGUCCACUUGGGCUGAAAGCGGCAGUUCUUGCAGCAUCUCCAAAUACAUUGUGGACACUUGGGAAAGGCUUCAUAGAGUCGAAGGACGUGUCGUCGAACCCUCGAAGCCUAUCCUGUUUUCCCGCAAUUGUCCGUCCAUCGAUUCUACUCGACCGGCUUGGGCGAAGCAACUUGAACUUCAGACUCGGCGUGGUGUGGACCAACCUUUUUUGACACAACGCUUGUCGCCGUUCAGCAGCCCUCCAAAGGUACCCCUGCCACCUCCAAAAGCUUGUGCCAGACAGGUGUCAGGUUCGAAUGAUUCCAAGUAUUCUGGGACUUUUAGGAUUGCAGAUCCUGAUCUGCCCAUCCCACGACCACGAUUGUCUGAGUGGAUACCCGCGAGCGUGGCCAAUUUUCACGCCGAACUCUAA